CUUUAGAUGCUGUUUGGCGGCUUCGAACACGAGAAGUUUGGAAACGGCACGAAUUCUCAUAAAAGAUCUCAUGGCUCGGAGGCGUGCUUGUACUGAGCUCGCCUCCUCCACCCUAUGCCGAUGCCCAGGUUAUACCAUCGGAUGCGGGCAAUAGUAGCAAGAGGCUGCCGAACCAUUUGAAACCUACAAGGUUCAAUAUAAAGGGAUCAGGCUUCAUUCAGUCUGCAUUAAAACCCUCUCUUUUGAGAAUCCAAUACGGCACGGCGAUGUUUGCCAAUAUAUAAUCUAAAUUGCUUGUUCUCGAAAGAACGGACAACUUCUCGGGGUUUUAUUUCAUACGAGAAGUCCAAAAGCCAAAAGCCCAACCCUGCCCAAUUACACAAGUAGUGGGAUACGUCGUAGAAUUAGUAUCUACGUAGUCAAGUUAUAUAAAUACAUAUGAUUUUUCUUUCUCUCCUGCCCACUAGCCUUACCUGCCUAAUCAUCCCCGUCUUCGUCCUCACCCUCAUCUUCGUCCUCGUCCUCAUCGCCGCUGCUACUAUCGCUAUCUUCCAUACUGCUAGCACGAUCGAUCGCCUGGCCCACGGCCUCGUGCACUCGGCGUGCUGCCUCUUCGUGAAACUGGACGCUUCUCGUCGCAAAACGUGUCUCUCUCGGGUUGACGGGAACGAUCAGGAUAUGCUUGUGAAUCGGCUCGGCGCGAACGCCGUUAGAUAUGGCCUGCCUAUGAUUUUCAGACUCCAGGAGGAUAUUCAGGACGCUGAUACGCCUAUUACUAAGGUCCGCCUCGGGAGCUUGGUGUACGGCUACUUCUGGAUUCUGACUAAGAAGUUCGACUUUGAGGCGUCGGUUAUAGGAAGGGCGAUCUAUAACGAAAUCGUUCGUCGCCGUAGGACCCCUAGAAUGGCGAGACCUCAACUAAGGCUCCCUAUUAAGGAAAUCGAAUCGGAGGCGUUGCUCCCCUUUGACGACCGUAUCGCUUUGGUGGAGAGCGUCUACCACGGGUACGAAGAGGCGACAAUCUCGCCGCCCACAAGCCCGGCCGGUAGUCCUGGCCGAAGCUUCUCCUAUCCCGUUAUCGGCUCGUCCCUGAGCACCAUCCCUGCUAUCGAGAUGGAACGCGAGAUUCCCUCUCACUUCCGCGAGCAGAUGCUUGCGGAUUGGUCCCGGGACGCCACCUUGGCUGCCGUCCAGGCGGUCAGCAAGUCUACCUCGCUGAACGGAUCGCGGUCGGGUACUAUAGGGAUAAAUAAGAACCGCCUCGCGGCAAAUGGCGGGUUGACAGCGAACGGGAAUGGACACGCCCAUGCGACUAGGACACCAUCUUCCUUUGCCAGCAAGGCCAAUCUCAGCCCUUCGUCAUCGCUAACCGGCAAUCCCGGCGCGCCACUCUCUGCCAAGCUUCGGAAGUCAAGCGUUCGCAGCAAUGCCUCACCGGCUGGGAGGAGCCCUGCGGGCAAGGAGCAAGCUGUAACGUCGGUCGAGCAGCUCAAACUCGUACUGUCAGGUCAUCUGCAGCCGCCGCCUACAAUGCACGGGCUGCAACAUACCGACAGCAGCAGCAGCAGCGACAGUCUUGUCAGUUACGACAUGACGCCCAGCGAGGUCUCUCUCAACCCUGCCGCCGUGGGCGAACCUGUAGCAACAGACGGCUUGGAGGCGAGCCAACAGUUGCGGCCUUCCUCGCGGGACCGGAAACUUCCGAUUCUUGGCGGGCCGUUGAGCUCACAUCCAACGCACGACAGCAGCAUAGACCAUAUCAGUAGUGGCGGUGACGGGCCCGUGAAGGCCGUACCGCCGGUGCCACCAAUUCCCAGCGGCCUCGAGGGGCGAGUGUCAAAGGCCAAGACAUUGCAGGAUUACCCAGCGACGCUACCCAGGCCAGCCACGUCGAAACGGAGCCUCAAGAGCCGCAGCGGUGACCGCGGAGUGUCGUCGUCCUGGGGCACCAGCUCUGAGGAGCGCCUGUGCCAGCGAUGGACCUCCAAUCUCUCCUGAAAGGAAUUGAUAGCCAAGCAGGAGAGCGCAGUUUGGGCACCGUCACGAAGCCGCCGUAUUAAGCU